AUGGCAUUCCAAAGUAUUGUUAAUGGAGCAGAAUGUUCUACUAGUUCCAAUCCUAUGACACAGUUUAUAAAACAGUUUAAUGAAGAUCUUUCAUUACAAAAGGAAGUUUUCAUUCCAGUAAACGAUAAAGCGGGCCCAAGUACAUUUCGUACAGCUGGACCAGAAGUUGACAUACAAGAAAAACAAUAUAUUGAAGAAUUCUUUGAGCCCAACUCCAUUUUACCAAAUGUGACUAAUUUUUCAAAUCACAGAGCAAAAGAAUGGGCAACAGAAUUUGAAAAUAUAAAAGAUUCUCCACAUUUUAUGCAAUAUGGGCCAGAAAUAAAGGAUGAAAUGAUGGAAGCGGCUUUCAAGAGAGCAAACUGGAACACCGAAUUUAUGGGAGAAUUUCAAUCAAACAUGAAAAAUCAAAUCACAGAAAUUCCACCAGAAUAUGAAGAAGUAUUUCAGAAAAAUUUUGAUUGGGCAAGUGAGUUUGCAUUAAAGAAAAAAGAAAAAAUCGAUCCAACGAGCUGGGAGGAACAAUUUGCUGCUGCUCAGCGUGAUUCAGAAGCCAAUAAACAAUAUAGUAGUGGUGCGGAUGAUAUUGAUGUUUUAGAACAUGAUAAGAAAUUGUUUAACGAAUUUGAAAAUAUUUGGAAGAAUAGUGCAAAUAAAUAUUUAAAUGAUGAUCUGAUUGAUUAUUCAGCAUGGGAUGACAAAUUCCUUAAUUUUGAAAAUAUGAAUUCAGAACAUGAUUUUGGAGAGUACAUAUUUGAAUCAAACAAUCCUUUUCUCGAACAUUUAAAUCCUUUUGAAGAAGGAAUGAAAAUAAUAAAUCAAGGUGGUUCGUUGUCAGAAGCUGCAUUGGCUUUUGAAGCUGCGGUAAAGAAAGAUACUAAUAACUCUGAAGCUUGGGAGCGGUUAGGUAGUGCACAAGCUCAAAAUGAGAAGGAUGAAGCAGCUAUAAGAGCUUUGCAAAGAGCUAUUGAAAUUGAUGGAAAUAAUUUGACUGCAUUAAUGAUUGUAUUAUCUUCAGCAACAAUGCAUAAUUCACAAGUUCUUUUGUCUCGUGUUAAAGAAUUGUUUUUGAGAGCUGCAAGGAAUGCACCAGAAGGUGAAAACAUUGAUCCUGAUGUACAAGUAGGCUUGGGCGUGUUAUUUUAUGCUAAUGAUGAAUACGAAAAAGCUGCUGAUUGCUUUAAUACUGCAUUGGAAGUUCGUAAAGAUGAUUAUCUUUUAUGGAAUAAAUUAGGUGCAACAUUAGCAAAUUAUAACAAACCAGAAGAAGCAAUUGAAGCAUAUCAUAAAGCAUUAUCUUUAAGACCUACAUUUGUAAGGGCAAGACAUAAUCUGGGAAUCAGUUGUAUAAAUAUUCAUUGUUAUCGUGAAGCAGUUGAACACUUACUUGGUGCUUUGAGUAUGCAUAAGAUUGGUGAUGAUGAUAGUAAAAAUACUAGUAGAUCGCUUAGACUAACCUUGAGUAGAGCUUUUGAAAAAAUGGAAAGAAAAGAUUUGCUAGACAAAAUACUCUCUGGAGCUGAUGUUAAUGAAUUCCGUGACGAAUUUGAAUUUUAA